AUGGAUCUCCGAUCUGUCCUGAACACGUCGGACAACGGCGAACGUGUACCUCCCAAGACGUCGCCCAAACAGCAGCAGCAGCAGCAGCAGGAACAGCAGCGUCAACAGCAACGGCAGCAACAGCAGCAACAGCAGCAACGGCAGCAACAGCAGCAACAGCAGCAACGGCAGCAACAGCAGCAACAGCAGCAACAGCAGCAACAGCAGCAACAGCAGCAACAGCAGCAACAGCAGCAGCAGCAGCAGCAGCAGCAACUGCAACAGCAGCAUCCGCCGCCUCGAUCGGCCCAAGGCGCGGCCCAGUACAGUUAUCGCGACUACGUCUCCCAACCCCCUCGCCCGAGCCCAGGCAAGAUCAUCACGAACACGCAAGACUAUGGCCACCCCCCCACGCCGCAUGCCUAUCCGCCGCAGUCGCCCUACCAAGCCCAGGGUCAGUUUCCGGUUCGCACGGCGCAGACUCCUCAGAUCCAGCAGCCGGCCGCCUCCUUUCAUCACGCUCCGUCCCCGGGCUCCAUGCACGCCCCAGCUCCGUCGCCUUACCGCCAGGCGCCGACGCCGACGAGCGCUUCCCCGGCCGCCGCCGCCGCCGGCUAUCCGUUUCCGUCCGGUCAGCAGCCCGAGAUGAUGAGCCCCAGCCAGCGGCAAACCCCCUAUCCGCCUGGCCAUUAUCCCCAGUCGCAGCAGCAGCAGCAGCAGCUCCAGCAACAACAGCAGCAGCAGCACCACCAACAGCACCAGCGCCGCGACAGCUACUCGCAACCCAUCGGAGCACACGGCCCGGCCUACGGGCAGCAGCCACAGCCGCAGCAGCAGCAGCACCAGGCACAGCAGGUGGCACAGUCGCCCCUCGUCGCCACGCCGGGUGCCUCGUCCUCUCAUCCCUACAUGCACCAGCGAUCUCGCUCCACCCACUCGACGCCGACACCGACCUCGGCACACAGCCAGCACCACUUUGGCUCGCCUCACCUUCUCGGCAGCCCCAUCGUGCCCUCCCAGCCGCCUCCUGCCGAUUUCCAUCGCCAGCCCUCGCAACCUCUCACCCCCAUCGGCCCUCCCCCGGCGAGGCAUCUGACCUUUCCCGUCCAGCCGCCGAGCCCGUACCAGCAGCGCGUCGCCUCCAUGGCCGCCGGCCCAACCUUGCAGCAGCAGCAGCAGCAGCAGCAGCAGCAGCAGCAUCGGUCCUCGCCGAGCCAACCGGCAUCCCGCCCGGCUCCCCAACGCGUGGCGAACGUCCAUGCUCCCCCGACGCAGGAGCCGCCCGCGUCCGACAAUCUCCUGCCGCCCGAGAGAGAAACGAGCUUGUCGGUGAGCCCGAGGACGCGAGUCACCUCCCUCGCGAGUACGGCGAGCAUCCCCGACAAAUCGGUCCUUCCACCCGAACCCGACAGGCGUCUGCCUGCUCAUUCUGCCGCCCCCCACAGGGCCGCGGUGGACGUCGUGACGCCGGCGAAGAGGAAGCUCGACGACCGCAGCUUGAGCCCCGCCGAGAUGGAGAACAGGGAGGCUCGACCUCCGCCUGGCCAGGUCAACGGCCGUCACCAGAGCCUCGCGAGCAAGUCUUCGCUGCCCGACAAGUCCAUCUCGCCCGACAAGUCUUUGACGCCAAACAAGCUGUCGUCGCCCCACAAGACCUCGUCGCCCCACAAGCCUUCGACCCCGAGCAAACCUUCGUCCCCGGCGGUGCCUAGGAGGAGGCGAGUGCAUGGCGACCCUCCCGUGUGGGCCCAGAGCAUGCGCAUCCUCGGCAAGGGCAUGCCCAAGGCGGCCAAUUUCGUCCUCAAGAAACGCGUCCAUGCACCUCUGUCCGCAUCGGCAACCACACCCGCAACAACAACCACAACCGCAACCACGACCGCACCCGUGCCCGCGCCCGCGCCCGUGGAUGGGAAGAGAGAAGGCGUCAAGCCCGAACACCGCAGUCGGCACCCGUCACCCGAAGCGACGCGAGCCCCUCGCGCCAACAGCCAGUCCUUCCCUCCGGCCGCCGAGCCGGGCCCGAGAGACAUGCUGGGCCCCUGGGAGGCGAGCAUCACCGGCGUCAAGCCCUACGAGGAGAUAUCCAAGACCGUCGCCGACUUCAUCUUCAUCCACGUCAUCAACAACCCCGACUUCAAGGAGAUUGCGAGCCGUGGCAUCCAGUUCGAGAUCGAGGCCAAGCUGGGGACCCUGAUCGACAAGGAUACCAACGGCCGCGUCGAGAGGUCCAUCGAUACCGAAUGCAUCCUGCGCGACACCGGCAGGGCUCACCACAAGUCCUUCAACGACUUUUUGAACCAGGUCGUCAUCCAGACGGACCCCCGAGCGCCCAACGGAGGCAGCAGGGUGCAGGUCCACUACAAGCACCGUCGCGAGGUUGACCGUUACUUCGAGCUGCCGCCGGACCUGCAGAACCGGCUGCCCGGCUGCAUGCGGUCGAGGCUAGGACCCCGCAGCCGCAACGUGCGCGUGCGAGUCACCUACGAUCAGAGGACCCAAGACGUUCUCGCCAAGAUCAUCAAGGCACGCGUCGCCGACAUCGACCUGCACAUGCCCACCUGCCCCAUGGACUGCCGACUCAGCAUCAACCUCGAGAUGCCCUGGGAUGGUCCUGCCGAGGAGCUCGAGCAGCUCGUCGUCAACCCCAAUGACAGGCAACCCGAGCGUAGCAAGGACAGGCUGAGCUACAAUCAAGGCCAUUACCAGGUGGACCUGACGCAGGUCACCAUGACGUCCCACGGCCCUGCCAGUUCGCAGCGUCUGGAAAAGGAACAUGAGCUGGAGAUUGAAUUGUCCCCCGGCAUCGUCAUCGACCAAGGUUCCAAGGCGAUGAAGGGCGUGCCGCAUCGAUACCAGGAGCUGAUCGAGGGGCUCCUCGAUAACAUUCGCGUGCUCUCCCGCAAGGCCCGCGAGUUUGCCUAG